GCGGGCACACUAAUUCACAUAGAAAACGUGCACCGGCAAAUAAAAAUUUACAUUUAUUUUGAUUGUUUUUGCCAUUUGAUAACUAAAUGAGUCCCAGAAAUAUUCCUCCACUGACCUACAAGGUCGUGGCGGAGUGCUCCGUAUCCAAGGCAAGGGCUGGCCUGAUGACACUGAGGGACAGUGAGGUAAAUACGCCAGUGUUUAUGCCGGUGGGCACACAGGGAACAUUGAAGGGCAUACUGCCGGAUCAACUGAUUGAAUUGAACUGCCAAAUCCUGCUGGGCAACACCUAUCACCUGGGACUACGGCCGGGCAUUGAGACUUUGCGGCUAGCUGGCGGCUUGCACAAGUUUAUGGGCUGGCCACGGGCCAUAUUGACGGAUUCUGGUGGCUUCCAGAUGGUCUCUCUGCUGCAGCUGGCCGAGAUUAACGAGAAGGGCGUGAACUUUCGCUCACCCUUCGACAACAGCGAAUGUAUGCUGACGCCCGAGCACUCGAUACAGAUCCAAAAUGCCAUUGGAGCGGACAUAAUGAUGCAGCUGGAUGAUGUGGUCAAGACGACCACAACCGGACCACGUGUGGAGGAGGCCAUGGAGCGGACAAUACGCUGGGUGGAUCGCUGCAUCGAGGCCCAUGCCCGGGACGAUGAUCAGUCUCUGUUUCCCAUUGUUCAGGGAGGUCUCGACGUGCCACUGCGGCAGCGUUGCGUCUCCGCACUGAUGGAGCGGCAGGUGCGAGGCUUUGCGGUCGGUGGACUGAGUGGCGGCGAGAGCAAACACGAUUUCUGGCGCAUGGUUGAUGUCUGCACGGAUCAUCUGCCGCGUGACAAACCGUGUUACCUCAUGGGCGUGGGCUUUGCCGCCGAUCUUGUGGUCUGCGUGGCCCUGGGCAUUGAUAUGUUCGAUUGUGUCUUUCCCACGCGUACGGCACGUUUCGGCUGUGCCUUGGUCGACAGCGGACAGCUGAAUCUUAAGCAGCCGAAAUACAAGCUGGACCUGCAGCCCAUUGACAAGCAGUGCGAAUGCAGCACGUGCAAGCGCUAUACCCGUUCGUACCUCCAUCACAUUGCCACCAAUGAGAGCGUCUCCUGCUCUCUGCUCAGCAUCCACAACGUGGCCUACCAGCUGCGUCUGAUGCGGUCCAUGCGAGAAGCCAUUCAACGCGAUGAGUUCCCACAAUUUGUGCUUGACUUUAUGGCCAGACAUUUUGGCAAGGAUCCGAUUCCCACAUGGAUACGGGAGGCUCUGAAAGCAGUGAACAUUGAACUGCCACCAGAUGAGGAGAAGCAGGAGAAGGAAACGAUCAAGCAGGAGAUGCAUGAGCAAGCAGUAGAAGUGUCACAGGCAGCUAGCAGUUAACACACAGAGGGAAAACAUAAAACGUUUGUUUAGACGAAGUUUAUGAUACCCUUUACGCUUUAAUUGCAUUUGCUGGAUCCAUUCUUAAGAGGCAUUUGUACAUAUUUACCUAAUUAAUUACCCACAAAAACACACUUCAAAGCAUGUGAAUGUUGAGCGUGCCGACCCCUGGUUUACAGUUAACCAAAUGCAUUAUUAGACUGAAAGAAAUCAUCGCAACUAAGCUGAGAAAUUCAGCAAAUAAAUAAUUACACUAUCAA